AUGCAGAAAAAUGACGUUUGUAUGUCAAUAGAACUUCCAUAUAAAUUAUAUAAAGCUGAUGCCGGAGGGUUCAAAUUUAAACUACUUCCGAAAAAAGAGCUCCACGAACAUGAUUGUCAGCCUGCGUUUCAUCUUAUUUCAAAAGAUUGUCCACAUAAUAGCCUUUAUGAGAUAAAAUUGGACUUUGAAAAUAGGAGAUUGUAUAUAACUACCGGAGAAGGUGUUGCUACAAACUUUGCAUUACCAAAUGAAUUAAUGGGAUCAGAGGAAAAAGAUAUGUGGUUGUCAUAUUAUAACGAAGAUAUUCUUUUAGGAAUGGGCAAUAAAACAUUUUUUGUGUACCCAAGAAAUAUUACAGGUGGUAAUUCAGCAGAUCAAUUUAUUGGGUAUAUAAAAUUUGAAACAAAUUAUGGAUUUGAGUGGAUAGUCCGUGAAGCACCACAAGUUUAUAAUACUCCUAGUGUUUCGAUUGCUAUAAAUGAGACGGAAAAUUUGCAUUGGCUGGCUCUUGACCAAGACCAAAAUUUACCAAAGAAUGCUUUAAUUGGAGGAUUUGAGAAUACUCCUUUAUAUAUAGCUAGAGCAAUGUAUUCUGGCUCUUUGUGCCCAGGAAAAUAUGUUCCAGAGGAAAAAAAAGCUUAUGUGCCUUGGGGUGGUAGGUCACAUGAGAAGAGCAAUUUUCAGAUUUUAUGUGGACAUAACGCAGACUGGAUAUUAUGUAAGGAUGAUAAUAUUCCAGAAAAUGCUUUCAUAGCUGGCACAUCGGAAAUACAUAACGAGCCUCUCUACAUUGGUAGAAGUUUUGUUGACUAUAAUUUAAUUGUGGGCAAAGUUCAUAUGUUGUAUACAUCAUGCUAUUUACCAUUCAAUGGUGAUGAAGUACAAGUAAAUGAAUAUGAAAUUUUAGUUGAUUUAAGUGUUAAACCCAAGGGAAUACCUUGUCGUGGUAAAUGUAAGGUGAAUCUGACUUGCAAAGAUAUAUCUUGUAUAUAA